AUGGGAAAGAAUCCGUUGGAAAAGAUCCAGAAUGAUUAUCGCGCCUUGACUCGACGGGUAACCGCACGGCACAUUCUACUGCCACCCAACAGUGAAGAUGCUUGUAACCAACUCAAACUGUCGAUUCUGAAAAAGAUGGACAACAACAACAACAACGAUUCCGAAGAAGCAUUCAUUGUGGACGUCUUUGCCGAUGCCGCGCAAAAGUUUAGUCGCGACGAAACGACCAACUACCGCGGUGGACUCAUUGGAGAAUUGGUGCCACAAGGAACCUGUCGAUCCGCCAUUUUGGAUCGCAAAUGCUUUGAAGUGCCACUGGGAAGUCUCCAAGGACCGAUCGAGUCGGAAUUUGGCAUUCACUUGUUGCUGGUCACGGAACGCACCAAUUGUCCCAAGUUGGAUGGGCGCAAGACGCGGUUGGUGCCUAGCAAAGGCUCGGGGUACGGGGUCUUGGUGCCGUCCUCUGUGGCCGCCAAGGAAGAAUCCCAAGUUACUUCCGACUUUUUGCUGGGACAAGCAGCCUUUUGGGCUUUUGCAGUUAUCGCGGGUGGCUUGUUGGCCGAGCUAGUUGCCAACAUUGUUCAUUGA